CCUCAGUGGAUGCAGAGAGCCCGCAGCAGUCCGGCCGGUGUGGUGCUUGGGGCGGUGGAUCGGUGAAAGAUUGGGAGACCCCUGAAGACCUGUGGGACUCCAUACCCGGCACCCGCCUGAGAGACCUGGUGCUCGGGCGCUAUCCAGUUUCCUUGCGCCCGUGGGGAGCGCGCGCAGGGUUCACCGAUGGCCAGGACUCUGCGCCUCAAUCCUCGAGGCCCCCCGGGGAUUUGUUACCUUCUUGGCACCCUUCUAGCUGGACUGCUUUCCCCACGGGCUGUCGCCUUCAAUCUGGAUGUGAUGGGCGCCCUGCGCAAGGAGGGUGAGCCAGGGAGCCUCUUCGGCUUCUCUGUGGCUCUGCACCGGCAGUUACAGCCCAGACCCCAGAGCUGGCUGCUGGUGGGUGCCCCCCAGGCCCUGGCUCUGCCUGGGCAGCAGGCGAACCGCACCGGAGGCCUCUUCGCUUGCCCCCUGAGCCUGGAGGAGACUGACUGCUACAGAGUGGACAUUGAUCGGGGAGCUGAUGUGCAGAAGGAGAGCAAGGAGAACCAGUGGCUGGGAGUGAGUGUUCGGAGCCAGGGGCCGGGAGGCAAAAUUGUGACCUGUGCACACAGAUAUGAGGCGAGGCAGCGAGUAGACCAGAUCCUGGAGACGAGGGACGUGAUUGGUCGCUGCUUUGUGCUGAGCCAGGACCUGGCCCUCCAUGACGACUUGGAUGGUGGCGAGUGGAAGUUCUGUGAGGGGCGUCCUCAGGGCCAUGAACAAUUUGGGUUCUGCCAGCAGGGAGCUGCAGCUGCCUUCUCCCCCGACAGCCACUACCUCCUCUUUGGGGCCCCGGGAACCUAUAACUGGAAGGGCACCGCCAGGGUGGAGCUCUGUGUGCAGGGCUCAGCGGACCUGGCCCACCUGGACGACGGGCCCUACGAGGCGGGGGGUGAGAAGGAGCAGGACCCCCGCCUCAUCCCGGUCCCUGCCAACAGCUACUUUGGUUUCUCCAUUGACUCUGGGAAGGGCCUGGUGCGUGCAGAGGAGCUGAGCUUUGUGGCAGGAGCCCCCCGGGCCAACCACAAAGGGGCUGUGGUCAUUCUGCGCAAAGACAGUGCCAGUCGCCUGGUGCCUGAAGUUAUGCUGUCUGGGGAGGGCCUGACCUCCGGCUUUGGCUACUCGCUGGCUGUGGCUGAUCUGAACAACGAUGGUUGGGCAGACCUGAUAGUGGGUGCUCCCUACUUCUUUGAGCGCCAAGAAGAGCUGGGGGGUGCUGUGUAUGUGUACCUGAACCAAGGGGGUCACUGGGCUGGGGUCUCCCCUCUUCGGCUCAGCGGGUCCCCCGACUCCAUGUUUGGGAUCAGCCUGGCUGUCCUUGGGGACCUCAACCAAGAUGGCUUCCCAGAUUUCGCAGUGGGUGCUCCCUUUGAUGGGGACGGAAAAGUCUUUAUCUACCACGGGAGCAGCCUGGGGGUUGUUGUCAAACCUUCCCAGGUGCUGGAGGGCGAGGCGGUGAGUGUGAAGAGCUUCGGCUACUCUCUGUCGGGCGGCCUGGACGUGGACGGGAACCAUUACCCUGACCUGCUGGUGGGCUCCCUGGCCGACACUGCGGUGCUCUUCAGGGCCAGACCCGUCCUCCAUGUCUCCCACGAGGUCUCCAUUUCUCCACGAGCCAUUGACCUCGAACAGCCCAACUGUGCUGGCGGCCACUUGGUCUGUGUGGACCUACGGGUUUGUUUCAGCUACGUUGCAACCCCCAGCAGCUAUAGCCCUAUUGUGGCCCUGGAUUAUGUGCUAGAUGGGGACACAGACCGCAGGCUCCGGGGCCAGGUUCCCCGAGUGACCUUCCUGAGCCGUGGCCCCGAUGACCCUAAGCACCAGGCCUCAGGCACCGUGUGGCUGAAACACCAGCAUGACCGAGUCUGUGGAGACACCACGUUUCAGUUACAGGAGAAUGUUAAAGACAAGCUUCGGGCCAUUGUGGUGACCCUUUCCUAUAGUCUCCAGACCCCCCGGCUCCGGCGACAGGUUCCUGGCCAGGGGCUUCUCCCAGUAGCCCCCAUCCUCAAUGCCCACCAGCCCAGCACCCAGCGGGCAGAGAUUCACUUCCUGAAGCAAGGCUGUGGUGAGGAUAAGAUCUGUCAGAGCAAUCUACAGCUUGUGCAUGCCCGCUUCUGUGCCCGGGUCAGCGACAUGGAGUUCCAGCCUCUGCCCAUGGAUGCCGAUGGGACAACAGCCCUGUUUGCAUUGAGUGGGCAGCCAUUCAUUGGCCUGGAGCUGAAGGUCACUAAUCUGCCCUCGGACCCAGCACAGCCCCAGGCCGAUGGGGACGAUGCCCAUGAAGCACAGCUCCUGGUCAGCCUCCCUGCCUCUCUGGACUACUCGGGAGUGCGGGCCCUGGACUCUGCGGAGAAGCCACUGUGCGUGUCCAGUGAGAAUGCCUCCCGUGUCGAGUGCGAGCUGGGGAACCCCAUGAAGAGAGGUGCCCAGAUCACCUUCUACCUCAUCCUCAGCACCUCAGGGAUCACCAUUGAGACUACGGAGCUGGAGGUGGAGCUGCUGUUGGCCACGAUCAGCGAGCAGGAGCUACACCCGGCCUCCGCUCGGGCCCGUGUCUUCAUUGAGCUGCCGCUGUCCAUCACAGGGGUGGCCACUCCCCAGCAGCUUUUCUUUUCCGGCGUUGUGCGGGGUGAAAGUGCCAUGCGGUCUGAGCGGGAUGUGGGCAGCAAGGUCAAGUAUGAAGUCACGGUCUCCAACCAGGGCCAGUCACUCAACACCCUUGGCUCUGCCUUCCUCAACAUCAUGUGGCCCCACGAGAUUGCCAAUGGGAAGUGGCUGCUGUACCCCAUGCGGGUGGAGCUGGAGGGAGGGCAGGGGCCUGGGCAGAAGGGGCUUUGUUCCCCCAGGCCCAACGUCCUCCACCUGGAUGUGGACAGCAGGGAAAGGAGGCGUCGAGAGCUGGAGCAGCAAAAGCAGCAGGAGCCUCCUGUGCAGCGGGAGCCUAGCACGUCCUGGUGGCCUGUGUCCUCUGCUGAGAAGAAGAAGAACAUCACCCUGGACUGUGACCGGGGCACGGCCAAUUGCGUGUUGUUCAGCUGCCCACUCUACAGCUUUGACCGAGCAGCUGUGCUGCACGUCUGGGGCCGCCUCUGGAACAGCACCUUCCUGGAGGAAUACUCAGCCGUGAAGUCCCUGGAAGUGAUUGUUAGAGCCAACAUCACUGUGAAGUCCUCCAUCAAGAACCUGCUGCUCAGAGAUGCCUCCACAGUUAUCCCAGUGAUGGUGUACUUGGAUCCGGUGGCUGUGGUAGCAGAGGGAGUCCCCUGGUGGGUGAUCCUCCUGGCUGUACUGGCAGGGCUGCUGGUGCUGGCGCUGCUGGUGCUGCUCCUGUGGAAGAUGGGAUUCUUCAAGCGGGCGCGGUACCCCGAGGCCACCGUGCCCCAGUACCAUGCGGUGAAGAUCCCUCGGGAAGACCGACAGCAAUUCAAGGAGGAAAAGACAGGCACCAUUCUGAGGAGCAACUGGGGCAGCCCCCGGAGGGAGGGCCCUGAUGCACACCCCAUCCUGGCUGCUGACGGGCACCCGGAGCUGGGCUCUGAUGGGCACCCUACACCAGGCACUGUCUAGCUUCCCCUGUCCCAGCCUGGCCUAUGUGUCCCUUCCAUCCCUUCCCCAGAGACGGCUCCUCUGGAUGAAGACAGUAGAAUGGGCUGCCCGUGUCCCACCAGGAUUUUGCAGGAUCUGUUUUCUCAGGGGCAUAGAGCACUCCCUCCAGGAGGAGCAUGCCCAAACCUCCCCUUAGAACGCUGUGACCUGAGAGAGGUAAAUCAGGGAAGGGGUCGUAGGAGAGGGUGAGAAGGGCAGCAAUGUCCUGAUGCAGAGGUUUGGGAGAGGAGACCCUAAUCCCUCCCUCUCCUAUUCACCCAGUGUAGCAGGACCCCAAGGACCUAUCUUCCCAAAAGUGCCUUACCCCAUAGGGUUGGGGAGGAGGUUGCAUCGCCGAUUCAGGGGCUCUUAUCUUCCUAAUUUCCCUUCUCCUCUACCUUAGUUUGCUGCAUCAGUCUAGCAGAUUUCGUUUAUUUAUUAAAAAAAAAAUUGAG